AGUGCCUAUAUAAAAAAAAAUGUCAUUAGAAAUUCAUCUUUUACCUGAUUUUGGUUGGUCUAUCCAAAAUAAAACAGUGUAUGGCCCUGGAUCCGUGUUUCAAGGCUUUGUCAAAAUUCAUAUUACAGAAGCACAAUUAAUAAUCGCGGAUAAAUUACGAAUUGUGUUCCAUGCAUCAGAACAAAGCCUUUGCUCGGGAAGUAUUCAUCCCGCAUAUCAUAAUCAAUUGUUUGGAAGUCAAAGAACACUUUGGAAAAGAAAGGAUGUACAAUCAUUGUCAAUCCUUACAGCCAAUCAAGACAUCACAAUCCCUUUUAUUAUUCAACUACCCAUGGUGCAAUUUCCACCGUCGUACAGUACUGCUUCCGUCAAAUAUGGGUUGUCGUACAAUUCGAAUUACAAACUUUCUGUUCACUUGGAUUCUCAAUUGGAAGGGGAAAAAACACCUAUCCUCACAAGUUGGAAGGAGAUCAUAUUCAUGCCCAUGUUAGAAACCAGCAUAUCGAAAGAGCCUAUUCAAAUUACAACUUCGGAACGCCCUUCUAGCUUUUUAUUGCCCCAACAUGUAUCAAGUGAGGAAAGUCCAGAAACAGCAAGCUCCUCAGCAACUGUGCGACUGACUUCUUUGGAUUACGUACCUGGUGACGAGAUGCCUAUAUCGGUUAAAAUCAGAAAUAUUCCGAGAAAAUCAAUUGAUUGCCUGAAUGUUAAAUUACACCAAAUUCAGACCUGGAAAAAAACUACACCCACGGAUACAGGAGAGCGAUACCUAACCAAUAUAAUCGGUCAAAAAGUCAUCUAUUUGACGUCCACUCAAAGCAACGACAAAAGAGAAUCCUUGUCCAAUGAAAUUGUUUUGGAUACAUCAUUAAAUAUUCCUUUAGACAGCGUACCUACCUUCACUUAUGGCACAGUGUUUUCCAUUACGUAUCAGCUAAAAAUCAGCAUCAAAAGAAAGAGCAAGAUAUGGUCACAAACGUGGGAUCUACCAGACAUAACGAUUUGUCUCGGUACACUUGGAUAUGGAAUUCGAUCCUUUGAAAAAAUUAACGCCUACUCGACCUAUGAUAGCAUAUUUAACAACCAGCAGACAAGUGAUAACACAUUACCUACUCCAAAGUUUCUUGAUUGUUUGGAAUAUGAAGAAUGUUUACCGCAAUAUAAUAACGAGCGUCUACCGGAUUACAAUUCGGAUUUGUGUGUUCUAUGAAUCAAGUUGAUGCCAUAUGAAAUAUGAAUUUAAUGGAUUGCAGUCCAGAUAAACAUAACUGUAAAUUAAUAUAGGAUUUUCUUCCUAUUGUAAAUAUAAAACUAUGAUAUACUUUGGUCCUUGUAAUUUAAAAUAAAAAGCUUGAUAUCCACCUAUAAGUCAUGAAGGA